AUGUUGAGAGGUACCCUGGUACUGCUCUGUGCUCUUCUUGCACUCGCCGAGGUAAGCGCGCAUUACCGUCGUCAUCAUCAUCAUCAUGAAGAGAAUACUGAGGAAAAUGGAAUGAAAUACAGGUAUGGUGAUAAGGCAUGACAGACAGUGCUUCUUGAAUGUCUGAAAAUAUCGUGUUGCACUUGAUUAGAGACUAAAAUUUUUCGAAAAAUUUUGGUAAAUUUAGAGAUCAGCCAAAAUUAAGAGGUGUCUGAAAGCAUCUAUUCCCCUAGAUGACUGAAGAACCUUUGAUUUUACAUUUUAAAAACGGCGGCAAAGCAUCUAGGGUCCUUAAUCGCAUAUAUACCAUAAAAAAUUUGCUGCUAUCAGACUGUAAGCUAAUCAAGUCUAUAUUUUAAUACCCAUAAGUUUACUGUCAGUCUGUCAGGAAAAUAAUGAGCAUUUUGUCCGAUUGAAAAUCGCAUAGCCGCUGAGAAAAUUUGUGUCGCGUUAAAAUCAACUUUUUCACUUCAGCGGCGCGAUUGGCGCAGCAAUACUAUUAUGCUUAUUAUUUUUCCGACAAACUGAUAACAAGCUUGUAUUCAUCAAAAUCUAAACUUUAACUCUACAUAAAUUUUUUCAGAAUUCCCCUCAUCAAACAACAGACCCUCCGCGAGCAGUUGAUCGCCCAUGGAAACCAUGAUAUUUACAUGAAACAUCGCGCCGAGGCCAUCAAAAACCGUCUGGAUGACUUGGAAGACUACGGAGAUGCGCGAUUGGUCAAAGACAAGGAAAUUGACGAGCUUCUGAAGAACUACAUGGAUGCGCAAUACUACGGAGUCAUUUCGAUCGGCUCUCCGCCACAAAACUUUACCGUAAUCUUUGACACAGGCUCUUCGAACUUGUGGAUUCCAUCAAGGAAAUGCCCCAUUUAUGAUGUCGCUUGCAGUAAGCUUUAAAAUUUAUGAUGACUGUAAAAAAUUUGGGUCUCACCACGAAAUCUACAGUAAUACAAAUUUAUCUUUAGUGCUCCACCAUCGCUACGACUCCGGUGCAUCCAGCUCCUUCGAAGAGGACGGCCGAAAAAUGCAGAUCCAAUACGGAACCGGCUCCAUGAAAGGAUUCAUCAGCAAGGACACCGUUUGCGUUGCCGGCGUCUGCGCCGAGAAACAAGCGUUCGCCGAAGCGACCAGUGAGCCGGGACUGACGUUUAUUGCCGCCAAAUUUGAUGGAAUCUUGGGAAUGGCUUAUCCAAAAAUCGCUGUGCUCGGAGUAACUCCGGUUUUCAACACUUUGAUUGAGCAGAAGAAGGUGCCAUAUCCAGUGUUCUCGUUCUGGUUGGACAGGUAAGGCAUAGUUGAAGUAAAAGACUGAGUUGGGUUGAAAACAGUAGUUUUUUGGAGGAAAUAAAGGCUGAUAGAAUAUUCUGGAACAAUUUUUAAUUUUAGGUUAUAGUUGCAAUUAAUUGUUUGGACACUUUUCAUCGUAUAAAAUGUUGUUUGAGUAUAAAAAGCAAAAAAUUGCUUCCAAAACAAGGCUACGUUGCUACAGUGGACAUUGUUUAGAUGUUUUUAUGACCGAUAAUGAAACCUCUGUACAACGAAUUCCCGUACAACAAAGCCUUUCUAUAGCAUAAAUGCAAUUUCAACAGUCCCAAAAGUCGAUUUUAAGCCAGAAUGAACCACUGUGCAACGAAACCUUUCUAUAAUCAAUUUAUCAUUCUGUUCCUAAUUCGUUGUGGAGAGGUUUUCUUUAGUUGCUUACUUUUAAUUUCAACACCUUCUAUCGUAUUCUACGACACUUUUUUGUUGCUGAAAAAAUUAAAAAAAUGCCACUGUUUAUGUUGUAAUGCAUAUAUGACAAAAAAAGUUCGUAUUUUACCUAAAAACCUAGAUUCAAUAUGCGUUUUAUCGAAGAAGUUUAUCAAUAAUGAAAGAAAAAUAUUUCAGAAACCCUCAAGAUGAAGUUGGCGGCGAAAUCACCUUCGGAGGCACCGAUUCCAGAAGAUACACUGGAGAUAUCAACUACGUUCCCGUGACUCGUCAAGCGUAUUGGCAGUUCAAGAUGGACAAGGUUGUUGAUAGCAACAACGGAGCGAUCGCUUGCGAAAACGGAUGUCAGGUGAGAAAACACGUCCAGUCUAUGAUGACAUACCUUCUAAGAUUCAGUCAUUAUUUCAAACAGCAACUAAAAAUGACUAAUAUUCUUUUUUCAGGCCAUUGCUGACACCGGUACCUCCCUUAUCGCCGGACCCAAAGCCCAAAUCGAGCGGAUCCAAAAGUUCAUCGGAGCCGAGCCACUGGCCAAGGGAGAGUAUAUGGUCCGAUGUGAGCAGGUUCCCAACCUCCCGCCCGUCCAGCUCGUCAUCGGCGGCAAGACCUACACCUUGAAGGGAGAGGAUUACAUCCUGAAAGUCUCGAGCAUGGGAAAGUCCAUUUGCAUCUCCGGCUUCAUGGGAAUUGAGCUCCCACCAUCCGCAGGCGACCUUUGGAUUUUGGGUGACGUCUUCAUUGGCCGUUAUUACACCGUUUUCGAUUUUGGCGAGAACAGAGUCGGCUUCGCUCAGAGCACCACGGUCAGCGGAAAACCGUUGGUUCCGGCGCCUAAAGCAUUUAUCGAGCUCGAUGAGAGCAGCGAAGAAGAUUAUUGA